CCUCUUGCCAGUCAGCAAGCGCCCUCCGGAGUUGCUGUGUCUCGCCAGAGCCCCCUGCUGUACCCACGUUUAGUCAUCCAAGAUGCCUCACCAAUACCCAGCCUUGACUCCAGAGCAGAAGAAGGAGCUGUCAGAAAAUGCUCUCCGCAUUGUGGCAGCCGGCAAAGGCAUCCUAGCAGCUGAUGAGUCUACUGGCAGCAUUGCCAAACGCCUGCAGUCCAUUGGCACCGAAAACACAGAAGAAAACCGCCGCUUUUAUAGGCAACUGCUCUUCACCGCAGACACCCGCGUCAACCCUUGCAUCGGUGGUGUGAUCCUCUUCCAUGAGACCAUGUACCAAAAAGCUGAUGAUGGGAAUCUCUUCACAAAGGUCAUUAAGGACAAAGGUGCCCUGGUUGGCAUCAAGGUUGACAAAGGUGUUGUGCCUCUUGCCGGGACUAAUGGAGAGACCACCACCCAGGGUCUGGAUGGCUUGUCUGAACGCUGUGCCCAGUACAAGAAGGAUGGUGCUGACUUUGCCAAGUGGCGCAGUGUCUUGAAGAUCACUCCCACCACCCCUUCCUACCUGGCCAUCAUUGAAAAUGCCAAUGUGCUUGCUCGUUAUGCCAGCAUCUGCCAGCAGAAUGGAAUUGUUCCUAUUGUGGAACCAGAAAUCCUUCCUGAUGGUGACCAUGACCUCAAACGCUGCCAGUAUGUGACAGAGAAGGUUCUGGCUGCUGUGUACAAGGCCUUAAGUGACCAUCAUGUCUACCUGGAGGGGACCCUGCUCAAACCAAACAUGGUGACACCCGGCCAUGGCUGUACUACCAAAUACGCACCUGAGGAAAUUGCAUUUGCCACCGUGACUGCCCUGCGCCGCACCGUCCCUCCAGCAGUGCCUGGCAUCACUUUCCUGUCUGGAGGUCAGAGUGAGGAAGAAGCUUCCAUCAAUUUAAAUGCCAUCAAUAAGUGCCCUCUGCACAAGCCAUGGGCCUUGACCUUCUCUUAUGGCCGUGCCCUCCAAGCUUCGGCCCUCAAGGCCUGGAGCGGCAAGAAAGAAAACUUGAAGAGCGCCCAAGAGGAAUACAUCAAGCGUGCUUUGGCCAACAGCCUUGCCUGCCAAGGUAAAUACGUUUCAUCUGGCCAAACGGGAGGAGCUGCCAGCGAGUCUCUCUUCGUUUCCAACCACGCUUAUUAAAAAUCGGAGGCUUGGUUA